UUCUAUGAUGGUUUAGGACCACGGACUUCGGCAAACCACACCCGGCAUUGAAAAAAUUGUAGCGGGACUCAAAUUUUUGUUGCUCACCGUGUUCUCUGGGUGUCUACUGAUCGGACGCUACCUCUCUCGGAUCCCUUCCUCGCCAACAGCCGCAAGCACCGCUCACAUGCCCCUGCACCUCUGACCACGGGCAUCAAGCGCCAUGAGCGUGAUCGACAUUCUCACUCGUGUUGAUGCAAUCUGCAAAAAAUACGACAAAUAUGAUGUUGAUAAGCAUAAGGAGUCCAAUGUCUCUGGAGACGAUGCAUUUGCUCGCCUUUAUGCAAGCAUUGAGACCGACAUUGACGACGCAAUUGAGAAAUCAGAGAAUAGCUCAAAGGAGAAGAACAGAGCGGCUGUUGUGGCAACAAAUGCAGAGAUCCGACGCACCAAAGCACGUUUGCUUGAGGAAAUCCCAAAGCUGCAGCGAUUAGCCCAGAAGAAGGUUAAAGGGCUCUCCAUAGAAGAACUUGCUACUCGAAGUGAUCUUGUUGUUGCAUUGUCAGAAAGGAUUGAAGCAAUACCAGAUGGAACAGCACCUGGAGCAAAACAAACUGGUGGUUGGGGAACUUCAGCUUCUCGCAUGGAAAUAAAAGUUGAUUCGUCAGGUGGAAGAUUUGAGAGUGAAUACUUUCAGCAAACUGAAGAGUCUAACCAAUUUAGGCAGGAGUUUGAAAUGCGAAAAAUAAAACAGGAUCAAGGUUUGGAUGCUAUCGCAGAAGGGCUUGAUACACUGAAGAAUAUGGCCCAUGACUUGAAUGAGGAGGUGGACAGGCAAGUGCCUUUAAUUGAUGAGAUUGACACCAAGGUUGACAGGGCAACAUCUGACCUUAAGAAUACAAAUGUACGACUAAAGGACACAGUCACCAAGCUACGAUCCAGUCGGAACUUCUGCGUUGAUAUUAUUUUGCUGUGUAUAAUUCUGGGGAUUGCUGCAUACUUAUACAAUGUUUUGAAGAAGUGAAUGGUGAAAGGUUGUUUGUGUCUCUGUCAACUGGUUGCUUGAUUUCAUUUAUUUGGGUGUUCCUUUUCCAAACCCUAGAUUAUUAAGUUUAUGGUUGCCAUUUGUAUAUGUAUAUUUUGCUAAGUAAUUUGCUUGUCUUACUCAACUGGAAACCCGCGCUUGAAAUCCUUUUUUUUAGAUAAUGUGUUAAUAAUAUAUUAUACUUUUAGGGGUUGAAAUUCA